CCCCUUAACUACAGCCUGUCAAAAGUUGUGACUUGCGGCGUUCCGGACUCCACCGUUCUACCUAUCCCGAGUCCCGAGACUAAAGUCUGAUCACCGGACCACAACCACUUCAAAGCCGCCACUCUACACUAUUUCUCCCUGUGGCUUUAGUCCUUUCCUCCUCACAAACUUGUGAUUAACCUUCAAACAACCACUAUUCAACAGAUACCCCGCGGUUCUUGACUGGAGUCGCAUUACCACGUCGGUCAACACUGCUCGAACCCCCCACUUCCGUCCCACACUUUCGAGCCAUGUCGACCCUGAAGCCUCGCCUGCACAUCGAUAACAUUAGUCCCCAUGUUCGGUCUGCCCAAUACGCCGUGAGAGGAGAGCUCGCUACCCUCUCCGAGGAGUAUCGUGCCAGACUGGCCAAGGGUGACACCGACCUGCCCUUUGACCAGGUCAUCUCCGCAAACAUCGGCAACCCGCAGCAGCUCGACCAGAAGCCCCUCACCUUCAUCCGUCAGGUUCUUAGUCUGGUGGAAAACCCGAAGUUGCUGGAUCAUGAAGAUGUCCUCCUCAACCAGCUCGACUACAAGACCGACGUCAUUGAGCGGGCAAAGUGGCUAUUGAGCAAGGUGGGGUCAGUGGGUGCCUACAGCGCCAGUGCCGGCGUUCCCGCCAUCAAAGAGAGCAUCGCGAAGUUCAUCGAGAGGAGAGAUGGCUUUCCGGCAGACCCAUCCAAGAUCUACCUCUCAGGAGGUGCGUCCUCCGGCGUGAACACCCUCCUCCACGUCAUCUGCGCCGGCCCGGACACCGGUGUCCUCGUUCCCAUCCCCCAGUAUCCCCUCUACACCGCUUCCCUCUCUAUCCUCAACGCUCGAUGCGUGCCCUACAACCUCGACGAAGAAUCGGGUUGGAGCACCGACCUCGAGAUUAUCCGUGCCUCCCACGACAAGGCCGUCGCCGAGGGGACCGACGUUCGUGCCCUUGUCAUCAUCAACCCGGGCAAUCCCACCGGCGCCUCCUUGCCCGAGGACAACAUCCGCGCCAUCCUCGCGUUUGCCGCAGAAAAGAACCUCGUCGUCCUCGCCGACGAGGUCUAUCAGACCAACGUCUUCGAGGGCCGCUUCCACUCGUUCAAGCGCGUCCUCCGCCUGCUGCAGCAGGAGAACCCGAACAAGUACGACCACGUCGAGCUCGCCUCCCUCCACUCCGUGUCCAAGGGCAUGAUCGGCGAGUGCGGCCACCGCGGCGGCUACUUCGAGCUCGUCGGCUUCCACCCGGAGGUCGAGGCCAACAUCUACAAGUUCGUCAGCAUCACCCUCUGCGCCCCCGUCGUCGGCCAGUGCGUCGUCGAGCUCAUGGUCAACCCCCCGCAACCGGGCGACCCGUCCUACGAGCAGUACAACGCCGAGUAUAGCGCCAUCUUCCAGGGCCUCAAGGAGCGCGCCGACGCCCUCCACGCCGCCUUCUCCCGCAUGGAGGGCGUCGAGUGCGGGCCCCCGCAGGGCAGCAUGUACCUGUUUCCCACCAUCCGCCUGCCUCCGCGUGCCGCCGAGGCCGCCGCCGCCGAGGGCCGCUCCCCCGACGAGUACUACUGCAUACGCCUCCUCAAGGCCACGGGCAUUUGCGUCGUCCCGGGAAGCGGGUUCGGGCAGAAAAAGGACACGCUGCACUUCCGAACCACCUUCCUGGCCCCCGGCACCGACUGGGUGGGCCGCAUCGUCGAUUUCCACAAGAAGUUCAUGGACGAGCAUCGGUGA